CUCCCACCGCCGUCGAAUUCGUUUUGUCGACACUCAACCAGACCAUCCCAUAUAUCUCUUUACGAGACCAAGCUAAGUUAUUUUGCCAUUAUUUGUGGCAAAUACAGUAUCACGCUUUUAAGGACCUGUUCGGGUAUGAUACCGGUGGAACAGAUUCACGGCAUGCCCCCCCCACCCACACACAUCUCGCGCAUCCGAAUGCGGAUCCCCCGCACCCGCCCCAGCACAAGGUACCGUAUGAUAGACUAUGAUAUUACAGUAUGAUACAAACCCCGCGGCCCCCGUCUACCAGCGAAGCCCCAUAACCAUAAAGACGCCUUGUGAAAAGCCUAUGAUAUCUCAACAUGUACGAGUACAAGCUUCCACCCUUCUUCUAUCUAAUCUAUGUCAUCAUCGAACCCAUCUCCACGCUUUCAGGCUUCCUGUACAUCAUGAUGUCUCCGGAAGCCUUUCUCGCUGAACAGGCCUCUAGCCCCUGAACAGAUGGCCACUGUUUCUCCAAAUGUCAAGGCCAGUAUCCUGCAGCUGGCGAAUUGCUACCUGCUGCUCUCAAUGUGUUCUACCGCCGUGCUCAGGAGCACCACGGAGGAAUCCGUCGCUAAAAGGUUUCUUUUCGCAUUGCUACUCGGCGAUGCUGGCCAUGUCUACCUCACCUAUACUGCUGUUGGUGCGGACUACUUUUUCACUCCCUCCCAAUGGAAUCUGCUCACCCAUGGAAAUAUCACUUUCACCAUAUUCCUAUUCCUCUCACGGAGCAUCUACCUACUCGGAUGGGGCGGAAGCGCAGGCUCCCAGAAGCCCAUCAAAACGAAGAAGAGCAACUGACGAGAAGUAUUAUCUGGGGCCUCUGUAGUGUACGGGUACUGUACUCGUAAGGAUACUCCGUCCUUCGCGGCCCAGAAGAAUGAGAUAGCCGGGCCGACAGCGGCAUUGAAUAAACUAUUCCACCACCACGUA